GCUUUGGCAUUACUAUACAAUUUUCGGGUCUAGAUUAACCACUGGUAGGGCGGUGAUUUGCAAUAUUUCUGAGCCCAGUCCGAUCAAGAACCUUCCAGCAACCAGUUCGGGUGGUAUAAAAACCUGCGGCCGAUUCAGCUGCAAUUGUACACACCUUCGAACGCCCGAGCAAAUACGACGCAGUAGGCGAGAGCUCCAAAUUCGUUUAAUUGCCAAAUAAAUUCGCUGCAACAAGUUGAACGUGAAAUAAAAAUAGUUUGAGUAACUCUGCAGAAACUAUAGAAGAGAUUGCGAAAAUGCCGGAAAAGCUAUUGAAAAUCACCUACCAGGGGGCCGCCGUCGCUGGGCCCCAGAAGAAAAUAAACGCAUACUUGCGAAUGCCCAGCCAGAAUUACACCAUAUUGCGUCGCGAAAUAGAGCUGUAUCUUUUCGAGGAACGUCAGCUGCCCAAAGUCGAUGUAAGGACCUUCUGGAUCGAUACCGAUCAGGACGAAAUCGAAAUUAUCAACCAAAAUGACUAUGAGAUUUUCCUGGCCAAGUGCGUCGACAACAUGCAUGUUCAGGUGGCUCCCAUGGCGCCCCCAGUAGAGGAGCCAAAGGCCACCAAGCAGGAGACUUCUUCGACCAACGCUGGAGCUCCUUCCGUGGACGAUCCGAGCAACUUCACCAUCCACGACUCGGUAGAGUGCGAUGGCUGCGGCUUGGCGCCGUUGAUUGGCUUCCGCUACAAGUGCAUCCAGUGCAGCAACUUUGAUCUUUGCCAGAAAUGUGAGGCGGCUCAUAAGCACCCCGAGCACAUGAUGAUUCGCAUGCCGACCAACAAUGGGCCCAGUACCAUUGAUGCCUGGAUUACCGGGCCGACUCCAUUCGGGCGCCGCUGUGGCCGUCGCUCCAGGGGUCACUGCCCGUUCCAGGAGGCGGCUCCACAGGCUGCUCCCGGGGCCGAGACCACCAGGGAUAGUCGGCGCGAACGCCGUCACGCCCGUCGCCAUGGCGGUGUCUUGUCCCAGUUUGUGGAGAUGAUAUCUAACUUGCCGCUGAACGAUACUGCGGCCACUGCACCAGCUGCACCGGAAAAGCCCAAGGCUGCACAGCCGACUCCAAGUGCUCCCCAAGCAGAGCCCACUGUUACCGCUCAAAAGGCAGCCGAAACCGAGGCCAAGCCAACUGAACCAAAGGAGGUAAAUGCUGCCCCAACUGUUCCCCCGACCGAGGAUCCAGUGACUACUCCAACCACUCCAGUGAUCAACCUGGAGAACUUGACGCAGAUGGUGCCACCCGAGUACAUGCGCGCUGGCAUCGAGAUCCUGAACAAUUUCAGCGAAAUGUUUGCCAAGAUGAUCGAUCCCACUGAGGCAGGAGACUCGGGAGUUUUCGCUCCCUCAAUGACUACCAGUGAUGAGGCCAAGAAGCCAGAGGAGAAGGCUCAAUCCAGUGGCCAGUCCGCUGCUCCCUCUACUGCUUCGUCGUCUGUCCCCUCAGCUGCCCCCUCGGCCAAUCAGUCGAGUGCUCCAUCUGCCACUCCCUCUAUUUCUGGAUCCAUAUCUGGUGAGCCCCUGGAGACAGAACCGUUGAUUUCCAAGCCAGCUGAAGCUGCCCCUGUGACCACCACCCAGCCGGAGGAGGAUAGACGCCGUUCGGACAGCUUGGACCAGGUCUGGCAGGUCAUCGACAAUGCCUACUCCGCGAACAACACCAACUUGAUCAAUCUGGAGUCGACCAAUCCCACUGCUGCUCCUCAGCAGCCAGUGCGUGACUUUGGUCAGCUGGGCGAACUGUGGCGCCAGCACAUCAACGAAGAGGCCCGCGUGGAGCAGGCUACGGCCAACACCCAGACUUCUCAAGUGGACACGGUCAGUACAUCGACCUCGACCACAUCCGUGUCCACCAAUAGCGUCGGCACCUCUCCAGCAGCUCCCGAGGAGAAGCGCAGUGUGCCCGUCUACCACACCGAUGAACGCAUCAAUGCAUCGAUCCAUGCCAUGAUGGCCAUGGGAUUCAGCAACGAGGGCGCUUGGCUGACCCAGCUUUUGGAGUCGGUUCAGGGCAAUAUUCCAGCCGCCUUGGAUAUUAUGCAUGUCUCGCAGAACCGCAACUAAAUAGGCAUAUUCAAUAUCCAUAUAUCUAUUAUGUAUCUUCAAUAUCUAUAGGACCCGAUGUAAAAGGGGAUAUCAUUUUAUCGUUUCAGUUCAUUAUGUAGUUUUAGUCUUUUCUGAAGUGCUUGAUAGAUCUUGUUACCAAAAAAAAGUAAAAAUGUGUGUAUAUUAUGUUUUACGUGUGAAAUUACAAUAAAGGCGCAAAAUCAA